AUGGCAUCCACACUCCCUUCGUCGCCAAUCUUCGAAUCCAUUGCGCGACACGAUCCCAGAAGCCCAGCGAUCAUUCAUUCCGCUUCUGACCGUACAUUCUGCUACGGCAGCUUACUCCACGAUGUCGCAGCAGCGAAAGACACCCUGACUACCCUCGCCAAUGGCAAACCGCUUGCUGGCGAGAGGAUAGCUUUCCUUGCUGAGAACGGGUACGACUAUGUAGUGACGUUUCUGUCCAUUCUCUCCCACGACGCCGUCGCGCUUCCUCUCGCUCACACCCACCCGAACAGCGAACUACGCUAUAUUCUGUCCAACAGUGAGGCGGCUUUGUUUCUCUCGACGGAAAAGUUCCAAGACAAGGCACGGGAAGUCGUAGAAGAAGGACUGGACCACGCUCUUCGCCUUGAGAUAAUGUCAAAGAUCGAAACCGGCGCAACUUCCGCCGAGAAUGUGCGCUUCAGCAGCACCGCCAGCACUGACAAUGGCGGGUUUAUGCUCUACACAUCGGGCACGACGAACCGGCCAAAGGGCGUGGUCUUGUCUAUACCGACAAUGACUGCGCAGGCCCGUUCGUUGAUAGAAGCUUGGAAUUACACGCCUCAAGACCGUCUACUGCAUGUGCUUCCAUUGCAUCACAUCCACGGUACUAUCAAUGCGCUCUACACUCCUCUUAUGGCCGGUUCUGCGAUUGAGUUCGCGUACCCGUUCAAUGCCGACACCGUGUGGAAACGGCUCGCACUACCAUUCCUACCACACUCACCGCCCACCAAGAAACCGAUCACGUUCCUGACGGUCGUGCCGACGAUAUACAAUCGACUGCUUGCCACGCACCCGACCCUGUCACCAGAAAUGCAAGAGGCCACCCGUACCGCAAUCACCCCGACGUACAUGAGACUGAACAUCUCCGGUUCCGCGGCGCUCCCAACGCCCACCAAACAGGCAUGGACGGAACUCAGCGGCGGUAAUGUAUUGCUUGAGCGCUACGGCAUGACGGAAGUUGGCAUGGCAUUGUCCUGUGGCUUGGCUUUCCAGGACCGCGUGGACGGGAGCGUGGGCUGGCCAUUGCCGGGCGUCGACAUCAGACUGGUAGAGUCUGAGACAGGCGAAGUGAUCCGACCAGGCGAGGAAGUCGGCCCUGAUGGUAAGCUGCGCGAAGGAGAGAUCCAGCUGCGCGGGCCAACCAUCUUCAAGGAAUACUUCCGCAAUCCCAAGGCCACGGCAGAGGAAUUUGUCGAAAGCACGGAUGGAAAAGGCAAGUGGUUCAAGACGGGCGACGUGGCUACGCGGCAAGUGGUACCUGGGGCAGGCCAGAGCGAGCAGAAAUGGGCGUCAGGACCCAUGUAUUUCAUUCGCGGCAGGAAGAGCGUCGACAUUAUCAAGACAGGCGGCGAGAAGGUCUCUGCGCUCGAGAUUGAGCGGGAGCUGCUUUCCCUGCCGGAGAUUUCCGAGGCUGCCGUCGUCGGUCUGCCAUCGGAGCAGUGGGGUCAAAAGGUCGCGGCGGUCGUCGUGUUGACCCCUGCGGGCAUGACGGCGGGCAAGGGUGGCAAGGUCUGGAGUGUCAUGGACAUGAGGAGGGCAUUGAAGGAUAAACUGGCCAACUACAAGAUCCCACAGGAGCUCAGGGUCGUCGAGUCGAUUCCUCGAAAUGCCAUGGGUAAGAUCAACAAAAAAACAUUGGUCAAGGACGUGUUUGGAUAG